AUGCGCCCAUUUACGAACCUCGUCAACUCUACCCGUGGCAAGAAGGCUGAAAAGGGUAAUCCCGCUGACUAUGGCACCCCCAAGACGGUGACAUACUGGGAUGAAGAGCGCAAUGAGAAACGUCCCGAAUGCGUCAAUUGUCAGGAAAUCCUCCACCGGGGACCACCGUGCCGUUGUAAUUUGUGUGGAGCUGUUAACCUUGAGGUCUUGGGCCAUGACGAAGCCAACCUGGAGAAUACAAAGCCCUCCGGCGGAGGCAGUAGUAGCAGCAACAGCAACAAGGACGACAAGAACAAAAAGAAGAACAAGAACGCCAGCAGCAGUAGCAGUGGCAGCGGCAGCAGUGCCACUAAGGAGCAGGGUCAGCUGAAUGAGGACUGGCAGCAUAUCAUGGUCUAUCGCCCGGGAAAGGAUUUUGUUCACAAAUCUCAGCAGCAGUAA